CAAUCAGUCAAGUUUAUCGGGCGCCUUAGUUUAGUCGAAGGAAAUCGCGCGGCGCCAAGCGUGGAAAAUCGCCAGGCAGCAGCAGAAAUACAACUCCAGCAGGAAAAACUGAACACAACGAAGAAAAAACGGGAAUAAUCAGCUUUGGGGCAAAUUUCCAGGACCUCCCUACCAACAUCAUAAAUAAAUAAGCCAUUGAAAUGGUUUCGCUUCAUUCAUAAACCAGAGAGCCCGUAGAGGGUCGCCGAUCAACGAAUAAUUAAACGGAAUCACAAGGACCCCAAGGAGCAGGUGACAUCGGAGCACCAGAGCAUCUGAGCAUCGUAGCAGCAUGCCGGAGGAGAAGGAGACCAAUUUGGAGAACGGCCAGGCGACUGCGACGGCCGCCUCGACGCCCAGCAAAUCGAAGCCGCAGCGCCAGAAGACACCAAACCGUCGGCGGCAGAACGACAGCGAUGUGGCCGGCGGCGUGGGCAUCACCGGCGGCGGAGUCGUCAUCCUGCCACAGCAGGUGCUCAACGAACUAUACCAUAACUACUCCAUCAAACAGCGCCGCAGCGGCCUCAAGUGGUUCCUCUUCGCGGCCGUGCUGUUCAACAUCUGGACGAUAGUAGUACCCUGGGAUCAGGCGGUGCCCACAAGAGUGGUCAACUGCUGUAUGCUUGUGGCGUACUUGGCUUUAACAGCUCUUCUGCACAUUGGUCGACGUUCUGAACAACCGGCACUGAAGGCCUUCCACCAAAUACUCCUGACGAUUGUUCCAAGGGCUCUUUGGCUCCUAAGCAUUCUUCACUUUUCCGCCUACGUUAUGCUGCAGCCUAGCUUUUCUCCAAGGGACGUUCUUGGCUGGGCCAUCUUGCUAAACUUCCUGGUCUAUGUGACGCUGCCGUUGCCAUUGAUUUUCCUUGGGCUGUCGAUUGGAUGCAUCACGUAUUUUAUUUGUCUCAGCCUGCCAGUGGGCUACUCUCGCGACGACUCGCUGCUCUCGAAUCAGUUGGCGGCCAAUGCGGUUCUUAUAGCCACAGCCGCGCUGAUAGGGCUCUUGUACUACUUCAUGGGCGAGGCCAAGCAGAAACGAGCAUUCCUCGAGGCCAAGAAGAGCCUGGAGGUGAAAAUGGUCAUCGAGGAGCAGUCGGCCGAGCAGGAACGGCUGCUGUUGUCCGUGCUGCCCAAGCAUGUGGCUAUAAAGAUGCGAGAAGAUUUGGGAUCGUCUAGUUCGGAGGCUUUCAAAAAGAUCUAUAUGAGUCGGCACGAAAAUGUGAGCAUACUAUAUGCGGAUAUCGUUGGGUUUACCGCCAUCUCCUCGACGUAUAGCGCCCAAGAUUUGGUUAAAAUGCUUAACGAGCUCUUCGCACGCUUCGAUAGGCUUGCCGAGAAAUAUCAACAAUUGCGCAUUAAGAUUCUUGGCGAUUGCUAUUAUUGCAUUAGCGGUGCCCCCGAUGAGCGACCGGAUCACGCCGUCAUGUGCGUGCACAUGGGACUCUCCAUGGUGAAGGCCAUCAAGUAUGUGCAGCAGAAGGCCAACUCACCUGUUGAUAUGCGUGUGGGCAUUCACACGGGAGCCGUGCUCGCCGGCAUUCUUGGCCAGCGGCAGUGGCAGUUUGACGUUUACUCCAAGGACGUAGAGCUGGCUAACAAAAUGGAAUCGAGCGGGAAGGCUGGACGCGUUCACAUUUCGGACAAAACGCUGGCGUUCCUUAAUGGCGAAUUCGAGGUGGAGCCCGCCUUUGGGGAGAAGCGGGAGGAGCUGUUGCGCAUCGCUGGUCUGAAGACGUUCUUCAUCACCAAGGUGGUUAAGCCGUUUGCAUCGCCGUGUGCCAGGAAAAUCAAUGAAAUCCAAGGCGAAAACUCUCACCAGAGUCCCAAUGGAUCGACCAACGAUGUCGGGGUAGGUGAAGAUGACAACGAUGACAACACCUUGGACGACGAGGAGCUCCUGGCACAGAAUUCCGUGUCCAAUGGACACCAAACAGAGGUGGCUGAAGAUGAAGAAGAGCAGGUGAAAUUAGAGAACUUUAAGCAACGAUUGAAAGAUGAACUGGUUACCCGCGAUGGACAUGAGAACCUAACCAAGGACACUAACAUAUUCCUGCGCUUCAAGAACCCGCAGUUGGAGCAAUCGUAUGCCGUAUAUAGAGAGCCGUACAGUUCCCUUCCGCUCCUCGCCGCUCUGCUGGUGCAGUGCAUCGAUGUGCUGUACUCCUACUUGGUUCUGCCACGAUCCACACUCCACUUCAUCAACAUAGCUGCGCCGCUGGUGCCAAUCGCCAUGCUGGUUGUGAUCAGCAUCGCCGAGAGCUUCAGCGGCAUGCUGCCCAAGUUCUUCGUGGAUGUGAGCAAGCGAUUCAAUGACAUUACCUUCGUCCGUGAGCUGGCCGCCAUAAUUAUUGCACUCACCAUUGGCCUCAGCAAUGUCAUCGACAUGUUCUUUUUCGUCACCUUCGUGCGCACCGAGCACAUUGUGAGUGAAAGCGAAUUCAAUGCCACGGCCGGCCUGGAUGGCGAGGUGGACGUGGAGAUAGAGGGGGUGGUCACCGCCGAGCACCUGCUGCCCGCAUCCUUUGUGGAGCAAAUGCGCGAGGCAGUGCCCCGGGAACGAUAUCUAUAUCCGUCCUACUUGAGUAAUUUUGGAGUCCUCAUAUUGAUUGCGAUCGCCGUGAUUGCCCAACUCACGCAUCUUACGAAGAUUCUGCUGCUAUUGUCCAUUGCAGCGCUGCAUUGCUACUUCAACAUAUUCAUUAUGCAGGACCUAUAUGCUUUGGAAGACGACUUUGCACACCAACCUAUCAUAUCUAUGCGAUAUUGCGCUUCAGGACUUUUGGUAGUAGCUGCUUUAGCUUUAAGCACCUUGGCUCGACAUAUGGACCAUGAGGAUAGGGUGAUUUUCAAAUGGAAAACAGAGGUAGCCGAGCAAAAAGAGACUGCAAACGAUAUGCGCCAGCGAAACGAGGCUUUAGUGUACAAUGUCUUGCCUGUUCAUGUGGCAGAGCACUUCAUGAAGAACACCAAGCGCUCUCACGAUGAUCUUUACUCCCAGAGUUAUGCUGAGGUCGGCGUUUUAUUCGCCAGUAUGCCAAACUUUUCAGAUUUCUAUUCUGAAGAGACGGUAAACAACCAGGGCUUGGAGUGUCUACGUUUUCUCAAUGAGGUUAUCUCAGAUUUUGAUGCCUUGUUGGAGCUGCCUCAGUUCCAAGACAUCAUCAAAAUCAAAACCAUUGGCUCCACCUACAUGGCGGCCAGUGGCAUAAACCUACAGAGGAACCUCCGGAAUGACGCUCCCAUAACAGAACGCUGGUCCCACCUCGCCGUGUUGGUGGAGUUUGCAUUGGAACUGAAGCACGCCCUGCAGGGCAUCAACGAGCAGUCGUUCAAUCACUUCGUCCUCAAGAUGGGCAUCAAUCAUGGACCGAUCACGGCGGGCGUUAUUGGGGCCCGUAAGCCGCACUAUGACAUCUGGGGGAAUACGGUGAACGUGGCCUCGCGCAUGGAGAGCACAGGAAAGGCGGGCGCCAUCCAGGUCACCGAGGAAACAUGCAAUAUUCUACAGCCAUUUGGUUACACAUUCCUACAGCGAGGUCUGGUAGCUGUCAAGGGAAAGGGACAGUUGAUGACCUACUAUUUGCAGGGUAAAUCCCAGACAAGUGCUGAGCCUGUGGCGCCUGCUGCCGUUGAGCUCCAUGGACAGGAAUCAUCUGCUCUGGAAUCGACCACCGAACUGGAGGCCUCCGAUAUUAAGACGCCCCUGCUGAAGAUCAAGGUCCAGGAACCAUCGGCGGGUUGCGAGGGAAUCGCCCAGGAGCAGGGCAUGGGAAACGGCAGUGCUGGCCAGGCGGGGGUGGGGGAAUCUCAAUCUUUGCUAGAAUAAUUUGCUAAUUGGCUUCUUAGUUGCGCGCUUGAGUCUGAAUGAGUG